AUGUUGGCAAUGGAUUCUUUGGUUAUGGCUCGUGUUAUACAUGAUGUGUUGGAUCCAUUUACAUCAACUGUUCCACUCCGAAUAGGCUACAACAAUAGGCUGUUUCUGCCAGGUGCUGAUCUAAGACCAUCUGCAGUUGCAAGCAAGCCGCGAGUUCAUGUUGGUGGCAAUUACAUGAGAGUUCUCUACACCCUGAUGCUGGUGGAUCCAGAUGCCCCAAGCCCAAGUCACCCAACACUAAGGGAGUACUUGCACUGGAUGGUGGUAGACAUCCCUGGAACAACUGGUGCCAGCUUUGGCCAAGAGCUUGUAGUUUAUGAAAGACCGGAGCCAAGAUCUGGCAUCCACCGAAUGGUAUUUGUGCUGUUCCAGCAACUAGGUAGGGGGACGGUUUUUGCACCGCACAUGCGGCACAACUUCAGCUCCAGGAACUUCGCAUGCCAGUACCACCUCAACAUUGUGGCUGCCACAUAUUUCAACUGUCAAAGGGAAGGUGGAUCGGGCGGAAGAAGGUUUAAACCAGAAAGUACUCAAAGGGGUAGAUACUAGAUAGUAUAGAGCACAACCCAUUAUAUGUUUGUACUGUAGUGUUGCAUCACAAUCAAUGGGCGCUAUAUAGGAUGCUCUGUAUCUCUGUUGGAUCGAAGGUGGUGCGACAGUAGCGGGAGGUAGGCGGUAAGGGACGUCUUUGUCUUUCGUUGUCUUCUCCAGAGGUAUCCGGCUAUUGAGGCGCCGGUAGACGGAUAAGGGCGGAUGGUACAGACGGCUUCAGUGGCAAGUUUAUGCACUCCGGUGGAAACACAAGAUCUCUGGUUGGCCUAUGUCGACCCGCGCCUGCAUAGUGUCUUUGUUGUAGGUGGUGGACUGAAGCUUGACUUUGGGGAUGAGAAUUCAGAGUUCAACAUUGUGGUGGACUUCCAUCAUCGGCGCACAUGCAGCGUUUUCUUCUUGAAGGUGUGGCCUAGGAGUUGUGUAUUUUUUGUUUCUGAUGUGUCUUAUAACAU